CGCUCCAUCGAAGCCGACUGCGAAAACAGGCAACUAGGAAAAACUCGGGGCACACAUUUGGCCCCCCGCAUCGAUUCCAACGCUGUAUCUAUGCUGCAAGCAAACAUAAAACAUGUAUUCCUUUAGUUAGGGAGACGUAGAAGCGGGCGCAGCGUUGCCAUCAGGCGUGCGCUUUGCACAGAAGUCGCUUCUCUUCCACAAAAUGUAUAGACGCUAUAACAUGCCAUCUCUCGGGCUCGAAAGAGAUUGAAGGGCUGCGGACUCACGCUCGGUUUCGCUGACAUUGAGUCGCGGCUUGAGCGCCUCAGUUCUGCCUUUGGGCGCGGCGCCGCGCCGGGAUGGGGCGCUACACCUGGCUCAUGUUGGAUGCCGGCAAGACGCGGGAGCCCGCGCAGCCGGUAAACAUGACCUUCGCGGCCGCAGCAUUGCGGCGGCACCAUUGGGCCUCCCCUGGCGCCUCUCGAGAGGUUGGCGAGGGGACCGGCUGCGCCGCGCCCGAGGACGAGCCGCCCGCGGAUGCAGUGGAUGAGGUGGAGCUCAUAUGGAAGAAAGCCGUCGCCGCGCGCACACUCCAGCUUACCGCAGAGCAGCCCGCCACCCCCGCCGCCCGCGCCCCUGCUUCCCCCAAGCCCGACGCCAUCCAUUCCCAGCCGCCCUCCCGCUCGCUCAACGCGCUCCCACGCAACAGCGCGCUCGGCCGAGCUGACAGCGACUACGCAGCCGUCACGUAUUCGCUGCCGCCGGCGCUGUCCUUCUCGCCCUCCGCCGGCGACUUGGCCUCUGUGCUCGCGAGCCGUCGGCGCCUGCAAGGCACGUACCCAGCAGUUCCCCCCGCCGGCGCCAUGCCCCCGCCGGGCCCCUUGCCUGACCUGUCCAUUCCUGGACAGAGCACCAGUGGUGGUAGCGGCGGCGGCGGUCACGGUGGAGUCGGCGGCGGCGGGCCGCCGCGGCAUCAGCCGUUUACGGCGCCAGGCGUUGCAUUGGACUCAGACUCCGAAGGUGAAGGCGGUGGCGGCGGCGGCGGCGGGCAGGAAGGUGGGCGGCUGCGACCAGGGCGGCAGCGCAGCCGGUCGUUCUCACAAUUCCCCCUCGUCGUCGGCGGCGGCGGUGGUAUGAGGGGAGCGGCAGCGGCGGCGUCGGGCGAUGACACGCGGAGCGAUGAUGGGGAGCUGGCGGACGACGACUGUGCCGACGAGCCAGGUGCAACAGAGCCCGGGCUCAUGCCGGCAGAUGCCGCCGCGGCUGCAGCAACGGCAGUGGCGACGUUUGGGCUGCGGGACUCCACUGGCGUUGCCGGCGUCCGGGCUGUCGGCGCGACCACGGCGGCACUGGUGCGGGCGCUGUCAACAAAGAACGCCCUGGCUGGCGGCGGCCCUGGCGGCGGCGGCGGCGGCGGCGGCCUAGUGGCGGCGCUGCUUAGUAGCAGUGGCGCAGCCAACGGUGGCGGCGGAGCGGGCGGUGGAGGUUUGGGCCUUGCUGGCUUUGCGAGAGGGCUUUUCGGCGGCGGCGCUGGCGCCGCCGGCGGCGGCGCGGGUGGCGGCGGCGGCGCAGAAGUGCCGAGCAGCGUCUCCGACGGCUAUGACGCCGGCUGGAGUGCCGGUGGCGGCGGCGGCAAUGAGGACGAGGGCGAGGGCGGUGGCGAGGGCGAAGGCGAGGGCGAGGGCCGGGAUGGCGGCUGUUUGGUCCUUCCGGUGUUGAGGACGCUGCUGGACAUGCAACAGCAGUCAGGCCAGGCCGCGGCCGCGCUGGCACUGUCCGCCGCGCGCGGCAAAGGUGGCAGCGCCGCCAAGCCAAACUCGCACGGCGGCCCAUCUGCAGCCACCGCCAUCUCGCGACAGGCCUCGCAACUGCUGCGCGCCAGUGCCUCGACCAACCGGCUGAUGUCAGCGCAGUCGCCGAACGGCCUGGCUCGGCAGGGCUCAAGCAGCCUAGCGACGACGCCGCCUGGCGGCGGCGGCGGCGGCGGCGGCGGCGUGGCGUCGCCGGGCUGCCGCACCGGCAGCGGCGGCGCCAUGCCUGACGGGCUGCGUAGCUCGCCCUCUCGCACUAUGCUGAUGUCAGCAAUGCGACCGUCGCCGCUGGCGCUGCCGCGAAGCGGCGGCGCCGGCGCCGCCGAUGACGGUGGUGCUCCUGAGGUCGUUGGCGGCGGCGCUGACGACGGCCUUGACGUCGACACGGCGGCGGCGGCGGCGGCUGUCCCAGGCAGUGGCGGCACCGCCGCCUCCUCGCGCGUGAGGUUGCCUCCCGGCCGGACCAAGUCCUACGGCCCCGGAAUGCUGCCGUCACCGGCGGCGGCGCUGCCGGUGGGCUCGCCACAGGGUGGAGGGCCUCGCGGCUCGCCCAUCCCACGCACCAGCGGCGGCGGCAGCGGUGGCGGCGGCGGCGGCGGCGGCCUGCACUCGCCCGGCGGGCCGCGCGCCAGCACCAGCACAGGGCUGCUGCCGCCAGCCGCCACAGCCAGCCCGAGGUCCCUUACAGCCGGCGUGGGCAUGGGGCUGGGACUGGCAGGGAGCAGCUCGCCUGGGGCUUCGCCGCUCGGCUCUGCUGCAGCGGCGGCUGCGGUGGGGCUGGGAGGCGCCGGUGGUGGGGGCGGGCUGCCGAGCCCGAGUGCGGCGGGUGUGAAGGGCAGCCCCAGAGGGAGCCGUUUCAGUUGGGCGAACAAGCUGGCGGGCCGGGGGCCGUUUGAGUCGCCCGGAUACAACGGCGCCACCAGCGGCGGCGGCGCUGCGUCCCCGGACCCGCUGUCGCCUGCCGCCGCCGUGGCGGAAGCCGCAGCGACUACACUGGGUGGCGUUGGCGGCGGCAUCAUUGGCGGCGGCGGCGGUGCAGGCAUGUACGCCACCGACGCCGCAUUCGGCCGCUCAGCCAGCCCCGCGCCCGGGCUCGCAACGACCUUCUCCGUUGACAGCGGCGCCGCCGCAGCCGCGGCAGCCGCAGCCGCCACGCGCCGCCGCCAGAUGCUGACGGAAGCGCCUCCGCCGCCGGUGUCGUCGCAUCCGCCGCAGCCGCUGCCGCUGCGCGGGCCCGUUGCGCUGACGGUGCCGCCCGGCCGGCGCACCUACACAGGUGUCGGGGCAAGUGCUGGGGCGGCGGUCAUGGGGGCGCCGCCGCCCGUGUUUGGCGAGCCGCUGGGGUCGGGGACGGGGGGUUUGGGGGGCUUGGGGGGGCUGGUGGGGUCGAGUUUUAAGCGUGCGGGGCCACAGCAGCAACGAGAUGUGGGUGUCGCGCAGCUGCUGCAGCCGGACAUAGGGUCGCUGCUUGGGGGCCAUGGCGUGGGGUGAGGUGAGGCGAGGUAGAACCUUGCUUGCGGAGAAAGGAGACGACCGGAGAAGAUUAGGAGGGAGAGGGAGAGAGAGUGGAGCUGGUGACAGCGGAUUUAUAUUUAUGCGCGCGUGUGAUGCACGACUGCCUAUGUGUGGCGUGGUUGUGGGGUGCGGGGUGGGCUAAGUUGCAGAUAACGUUGUGGCUCUGGGCAAGGACAUUGGCACUGACACAUUCUACGAAAUGACCAUUCAUGCACGCGUGCGAUUCAUGGCACCGGCUUGUAGUCAGUCCUUGACUCGACAGGGGAUUAGCUAGGUAGUUAGCUGUCAGGUAGAAACACGUGCCCCUGUUGAUUAGCUAGGUAUUAAGCUGUCAGUGGCGCCUGAGGAACACGUGCCUCAGAGUAUGCAGCGCGCGACUAGGGCGGGGCAUAGACAUGGAUCUUGAGGCUGUGGUGAGUUGUGAGCUGGGAUCGGUGUGCUGGGCCUUACAAGGUGGCCCCGAGUCAGGGAGACGCACAAAGUACCGGUACCUGAGUCAGGGAGACGCACAAGGUACCGGUACCCAAGUCAGGGAGGCGCUAGCCCAGUUGCCUUGGGGCAGUCGGGCGGUGUACGGGUGGUUCAGGUGCGAGCUGGUGGGUGGUGGAAGCAAGGUGGAGGUGUAUAACGUGACGAUGGCUGGACGGAGGGCGGGCCGGCGGGGGCAGGGGCGUUGGGCGGGGGGCUGAGGAUGGAAUGCGGAUGGAUGUGCGAUGGGACAGUGUCAAGGCAGGUCCACGAGGCAGGUCUGUGAAGCCCCGUAGGGUGCAGCUGAUUCCCAGACCCCAGCCGAUGGCAAACAAUUUGCAACGGCAGGGCAGGAGUGCGCGGCUGGUCGAACGCCGGAGUUAUUGAGGAUGGAAUGAGGAUGGAAUAAGGAUGGAAUAAGGAUGGAAUGAGGAAGGAAUGAGGAUGGAAUAAGGAUGAAAUGAGGAUAGACGCCCAAUGGACCCGUGUGGACGGCAGCUCUGCACAUGGAAGGGUCGGGUCGCGGGUAGUGAGCCGGCGCCCGGCGGUGUGCGUAUAAGUGGGUAGUAGGCUGGUAGGCUAGAAGUAGUGGGUAAGUGGGUGGUGGGCUACGGUGGGCUUAAAGUUUGUCGGCUGGUUGUGAGUUGCGGGUAGCGAGAUUAGUUCUCCCACGUGCCGCAGGCGCGGUACGCUGUACGGUGGCAGUGGACGGGUAGUGAGUGGUAGUGGAAAGGGAUCAAGAGAAUCGUGUGAGACGCGGCCCUGUGGCCUAGUUAGUAGGGUCCCACCCCAGUAGUGUUCUGCUGCCCGGUUGCAACCUCGGCGGCGCCUGGCACAAGGCCAUCGCCAGCCAAAGCAGGCUGGAGAAUAGUGCCAUGCCAGGUCAUGGCAACAGGGGCGCAAAGAGUUUGUUUCAUAUAAAAUGGACA